AUGUUGAGACGCUUCUUUGAGAGGGUCUUGGGCUUAGCAAGGUUGCGUUUCUUGGAACAAGCUCCUUGUAGAGGACUCACUGCUAUACGAGCUGGGCGGCCCACUUUUCUUUUCCCUGCGGCUCGAGAUACUUGUUCCGGAGGAGGGAGAGUGACAGUAACGUGUUCCAGCGGUUGGACAAGUCUUGUCACUGCACUUCCCCGAGCCGGAGGUGAUGUGAGAGGAGGAGCUUCCCCGCCCUCAGAGAGUCGAUGGCUUAGCGUAGGAUGCAGGGGGGGGGGUUACCAGAGUGGGAGAGGAAACCUCGAGAGUAAGAGGUCGCGGCUAGCGUUUGAUUUGACUCUCCCAUAUAUUGGAUCUCCACAUCCUGGAGUCUAA